UAUUUCCGGGGCUGCUUCAGGAAUGUAAACUAUUCAACAUGGAGACAGUUGAUAAGCUGGAGGCGAUGUUCCAGAAAGCAGAAGCUGAUAUAGAAUAUGUGGAAAAGCGGCUGAAAUUUGACUUCAUGGCCAAUGCGAGAGAAGCGGGCACGUUUGAGGGAAACCCUGUUCAGUUGCUGGAGAACCUGUCGGCGAUCAAAGCGCGGCAUGCGGCCUUGUGCACACAGGUGGAGGAGAUCACGGCGGAACAGAAACGCUCCAUGGACUCGAUACGAUCUCACCUGGACACCACUGUGCAGCUAGUUCAACAGCUGCAGAACACAGCAGAUGUGCAGGUUCCGCCACUGACAAAAGAAGAACAAGAAGCGAGAGAUUUUCUCUGCUCAUCCAUUGCUGCAUUAAAUGUAGAGGCCGUGCCUACAGAAGAACCUCAAACUCAAGCACAGUCUGAAUCACAGAAUGUGUGUGACGAGGUAUCAGAGGGGACAUUUGAGACUGUCCCACGGAGUGUACGCGGUAACUUGAAGCUGAAUGACCUCAACACACUCUAUAAACAGUUAUCCGAGUACUUCUCAGAUAAGAACAGGGGGCCAAUAAGCACUCAGAGGAUGAAGAAGCUGAACAUGAUAGUUAGUGAUUCUGCAUUGAAGACCUUGAAGCAUCUUAAACUCAUUGAGCUGGAUAAAAAAGGUCUUGUGUCAUUGCUGGCAAAAGACUGAGAAACGGGGACAAAAUAGACAUACAAACCCCACCAAAACAUGUAAAACAUCCAGUUCCUUCCACCUCUGUGCUGAAGUAAAAUCCUUCUUGCACUUUGAUUGGCUCAACAGUUUAGAACCGGAAUAACGGUGACUUGAGAACAUUUCAUAAACACUGCAUCCAUAAAGUUAAAGUAUAUUCAUUAAUCAGAAUUGCAAACAUUUAAAAAAAAUAAUAAUUUUAUCAGACUUUAAGCACGUAUUUUUGGCUGUUAUUUUUCUGUCCAUUAUUAAAUUUAUAUCAUGACCUGUUGUGGCAUAAUUGGGUUUAUAUAAGAAACUGUACAGCAUAAGAGUUUAUAUUUUUUUGUAAAGUGAAACAGCUGUUUAUAAAAAUUUCAGAUCUCAGUGAAGCAGAGGAGACUGUAUUUGAAUGGUAAAAUUCAGUGUAUUCACUUGUUUUUUGCUUACUGUUGUAAUUAUUCUGAGUAUGCAAAUAAAAUGUCUCUUUUUUAUUAUUAUUAUUUAUAUA